AUGGGUGCGGAGGUGGUGUUGGUCGAGACUGAGUCCCGUUUCACCACCCGCGUAUGGCCGCCCUUCGCCGACGGAGAGUUCGGCAGGGAUCGCAGCGGCGGAUUCAACCUCGUCAACAAUAACAAGCUGAGUUGUUCCCUCGACCUUCGCCAGCCCGAGGCAUUGGAACUGGCCAGGGACAUCAUUUCCGUCAGCGACGUACUGGUGGAAAACUACGCAACCGGUGUGAUGGAAAACCUGGGCCUUGGUUAUGACGAGGUGAAGAACCUCCGGCCCGACAUUGUGUACAUGUCCCUGGGUGCCUUUGGCCGCAGCGGGCCGUUCAAGGACCUGACCGGGUUUCACAGCGUCAUCAACCUCUUCAGCGGCCUAGCAGCCAUUACUGGUUACCCUGGUUCCCACCCAAGGAUCAUGGGAGGUCUGAUCCCUGACGCUUUCGCUGGCUGUUACUGCGUCCUGGCAGUUCUGGAGGCGCUGUACCACCGUUCCCAGACCGGCGAGGGCCAGUUUAUCGAGGUGUCAAUGACGGAAGCCCUGACCGGCAUGAUUCCUGAAGCGGUGAUGGAAUAUUCCCUGACCGGAAAGGAACCGCCAAGAGUGGGCAACCGCGAUGGGCGGAAAUCGCCCCACAACGUGUUCCGGUGCCUGGGCGAGGAGAAGUGGGUGGCGGUGGCACGGCGAGACCGAUGUCUAACAUUCGCGUGUUGGCCACUGUCAAAUGUCACCGGCAACGUCGGCUGGGCUGACGAUGUGCGAUUCGCCACUGUCACCGCUCGCGUGGAAAACCAGGAUGAGCUGGAGGCGCUGCUUCAGCACUGGACUGUCCGUCAGUCAAGGUUCUAA